GAUCUGGGUUCUCUCUCAAUCUUCAUCUUCUUCCUCUGUUCCUCUUCCCUGCUCAUCCUUCUUCUUUUUUCUUCUUAUUCUUUCUCUCCCCCUUUUCCCUUCUCCCUUCUUCCUCUCUCAAACACAGAUUUGGAUUUCAUCACAUAAAUUAAAACCCACUUCCUUUAUUCAAUUUACAAAAUGAAUAAAUGUCUAUUCACCUACAUUAUCUUUUUUUGCAAAAUUGAAUCAGGCUUCCUUCUUCUUUAUUCUUUCUUUUUCUCUUCUCCCUUCUUCUUCCUCUCUAGAUCUAGGGCAUCAUCAAGAACCUUUGGAUUGGUCUGCUCGACAGAAAAUUGCUGUUGGAGCUGCUAGAGGUCUGAGAUAUCUUCAUGAAGAAUGCAGAGUUGGUUGUAUCGUACACCGUGACAUGCGGCCAAACAAUAUCCUUAUCACCCAUGAUUUUGAGCCUUUGGUUGGUGAUUUUGGCCUAGCAAGAUGGCAGCCUGAUGGUGAUACUGGUGUGGAAACAAGGGUAAUUGGAACAUUUGGGUAUUUAGCCCCAGAAUAUGCUCAAAGUGGACAAAUCACAGAAAAAGCUGAUGUCUAUUCCUUCGGAGUGGUGUUGGUUGAGCUUGUAACAGGAAGAAAAGCAGUUGAUUUGAACAGGCCAAAGGGCCAGCAAUGUUUAACUGAAUGGGCACGCCCCCUUUUGGAAGAAUAUGCCAUAGAUGAAUUGAUUGAUCCAAGGUUAGGGAAUCACUAUUCUGAACAGGAGGUCUUUUGCAUGCUUCAUGCAGCAUCAUCAUGCAUCCGGAGGGAUCCACAAUCUAGGCCUCGCAUGUCACAGGUGCUUCGGAUGUUGGAAGGUGAUAUGCUUGUGGACACAAAUUACAUGUCAACCUCAGGAUACGAAAUUGGCAGCCGUAGUAGCCGGGUUUGGGCAUCACAGGCACAGCAACAAGAACAUUAUAGUGGACCUCUUUUAAACGAGACAAUGGAAGAGUUCAGCGGGAAACUCUCCCUGAACACACUAAGGACAGUGUUUUGGGAAAGAGACAAGGCCAGAAGAACUUCAUGUGAGGAUGAUUUCUAGAGCAAUGCACACUUACACGUACGGCAUGCUAUGUAUUUUGUCCCCCCUCCCUUUUUGUGGUUCCUUUGUUGGUUUACCAAUGUCAUGGCUACAUUUUUGCUUCUGUACAGUUGUAAGGCAAGAGGGAUAUUGUAAUUCUUUCAGAAAUGGCCAUAAUUUUAAGCUGUGGUGAAUAUGGUUCUCUCUGUAGUCUGUACUAUUUUAAGAAAAGUCCACAACACUA